CGCAACUCGUUACUGUUCCCGCAGAUUUCCAUUGCUACUGGUCAACAGUCUGGGUACAACCCCAUCAAAUCAGUUGCUAUCCGUCUGGCAUUCACGCUGCGAUCAAUAAUCAGCCGUACAGCCACGAUGAGCCGACCGCACUCCUAAUUUAUACCCUCAAUCCUUUCGCUACUUGUCUCGACUCAGGGACUUCCAGUCUGCUCUACCUUCGUUGUUGGCUCUUUCUAGACGCCUCGAUGCCACUCAAUUGGUCCAUGGCCCUCAAGAGCUUAUCACACGAUCCAACUUUGAUCAAUUAACGCCUCCCUCAACAAGUUGAGCCCUCAUAGCAGCACCAUGGCACGAGUCCCUUUCAUCGGACGGCUUUUCUGGCGCGAGUACAUUGCUCUCUUUGGUUCUCUUGUCCUAGUUGCCCUCGAAGUAUUUGUCCGAAUCAUUACCCUAGGACUCCCGCAACCUAUCAUUCGCUUCUGUUAUAAUACCUCCCGAAAAGUCUUCAAUCGCUUAUCCUCCCAGAGAUCCAAGCAGGCUCGAUCACAGAACAAAUCCUUGUACAGCUCCAUCGCAACAUGUUCCGACUUCACCGACCUCUGUGCUUUGUUUGAUUAUUAUGCCGAAGAGCAUGUUGUACAAACCUCGGAUGGAUAUUUGUUGGGAGUACACAGACUGCCGUUCCGAAAAGGAGAGGAAAAUUCGGGGGCAAGAGUCAAUGCAGGACCAGACUCGUUGAUUAAACCCGUGGUCUACCUCCAUCAUGGUCUUCUCAUGAACAGUGAGGUUUGGGUGUGUUUGACUGAGGAAGAGCGAUGUCUACCUUUCGUCCUUGCAAGCAAAGGGUACGAUGUCUGGCUGGGAAAUAACAGAGGAAACAAAUACAGCAAGAAAUCCACGAAGCACUCGCCUACCUCUCCCGGGUUCUGGAACUUUUCCAUGGACGAGUUUGCAUUCCACGACAUCCCCGACACUAUCGACUAUGUUCUCAACACAACAUCUCAACCCUCACUAUCUUACAUUGGUUUCAGUCAAGGGACAGCCCAAGCAUUCGCAACGUUAUCGAUUCACCCCGGCCUCAAUGAAAAAGUUAACCUCUUCAUCGCCCUCGCACCAGCAAUGGCUCCUGCAGGUCUCAGCAAUGGUAUUGUAGACUCGUUGGUCAAAGCCAGUCCGGAUGUCCUUUUCCUAGCCUUUGGUCGCAAGUCUAUCUUGUCAUCAGCUACCAUGUGGCAGUCGAUUCUCUACCAACCAAUCUUUGUUCGAUUGAUCGAUAUGUCGCUGUCGUUUCUGUUUGCCUGGUAUGGCAAGAACAUUUCUGUCCAGCAAAAGCUCGCAGCCUAUCCUCACCUUUACAGCUUCACCAGCACCAAAUCCGUCGUGCACUGGUUUCAAAUCAUUCGGAACAAAUCCUUUCAGAUGUACGAUGACGAUGCAUCAACACAAUUCUCCAUUGGAGCCACCAACCGAUACUACAAAGUUGCCAAGUUCCCCACGCGCAACAUUAAAACUCCUAUUGUGCUGGUGUACGGUGGAAGCGACUCUUUGAUCGACAUCCGUGUCAUGUUGAAAGAACUUCCACGCCACACCAUUUCCACGGAAAUCCCUCACUUUGAACAUCUCGAUUUCCUCUGGGCUCAAGACGUCGACAAACUAGUAUUUCCGCACGUUCUGGAAGCACUACAAUUCUAUUCACACGGAAGAUCAAGAAAUGGAAUCCCAAAGGGCCUAGCCCUUUCCAUCGCCGAUACCGCCUACCUACAUCGACGGAACCACAGCGGUAGCACCACUCCAUGGUCCGAAGACGAAGGAGGAUAUUCAGACUAUGACGGCACGGCCGAAACACCACGAACACCAAGAAUAAAGUCUUAUGCUCAAUUGCAACGAGAACAACAAUAUCAAUCGCCAAACACUUCAACCCAAGCACCAGCGCCAGCACGAGCAGGCUCCGGUCAAGGUCCAAUACAAUCACCAAGUCGAGCUUCUUCAGCCACCAGUCCUAGUCAACAUCUUUGGACUCAGACUCCGUCGAAUUCCACUUCCACGGGGAGAGAAGACCAGUCACAAACACAGACUCGCGGCGAAGAAGAAGGAGAAGAGGAAGAAGAAGGUCAGAAUUCCAUCGGGAAAUCCACAUCUGUAUCUAUCGAUAAUUUCUCCAUGACGACAUCUACUCCGAAAGCGAAAGCGAAAGCGAAAGCGCCACAAUCACAACCACAACUUCAAAAAUCUCGAACCAUCCACAACGCCGCAGCGCGCGAACGCGAACGCGACACUGACCCCCCAGAUGCAGACGCCGAUAGUGUCAGUGUAGCAGCGACAUCGGGCCGGUCAAGUCCAAGUAUGACUGGAAACACCACUCCGAUUCUCCCGACGGCAUUCACGCCAAAGGGGAUUAGGGUUGGGAGUUCGAGGCCUAGUAUUGGUUUAGGCUGAACUCGUGAUAUAUACCAAUAUUUGAAAUACAUAGGAAAGAAAAGAAACAUGCACAGUAGGAAGGUAACGGCAAGAAUCGCCGAUGGCAAGAAGUCAGUAUAGUCAGUACAGUGAAUUAGCACAGUCAGUCAAAGCGAAGCAUGGCUGGAAUACAGCAAGACACUCGUUUCAAAACAAAACAGGACCAUUCAUUAUCAUCAUCAUCAUCAAAAUUCAGGAUCAAGAUCAUAUCAUAAUCAUAAUC